GCAGCGCCGCCACAGUCAGCUAAUGGUGUUCAGCUCUUCACAAACCGACCACAGCUGGCGUGUCAGCUGGUUUUCACCUGGUAACUGUGACUGAAACUGCUUGUUGUAAAGUCGCGUUUGACGGGAGCUGAUAUAAAAACCUGUUGACUGCCUGAAACUAGCGAAAAAACCUCCGACGCUUGAUUCGCCGUGGUUUGUUUCUACCCUGAGAACUCCACCUGUCAGACUGACGAUGGAUGAAGAAGAGCUGGUGGAGUAUUUCAGGGCUCAGAUGAGGGAAGACCCGGACAUGGCCUCAGCUGUGGCCUCUAUCCGCACUCUGCUGGAAUUCCUUAAGAGAGACAAAGGUGAAACCAUCCUGGGCCUGAGGGAGAGCCUGACUUGGGCCACAGACUGCCUGACGCGAGUGGACUCCUCUGUGGGCGUGUCCUCAGGGGGGGAGCUCUUCCUGCGCUUCAUAAGCCUCACGUCACUGGAGCACCAGGAUCUGUCUCGUUGUAAGAAGGUGAUGGAAGAGAGGGGAGAACUGUUUCUAGAGAAGAUCUCAAUGUCCAGGGCCAAGGUUGCAAAGCUCUGUCACACCUUCAUCAAAGACGGGGCUAAAAUCCUGACUCACUCCUACUCCAGAGUCGUCCUCAGAGUGCUGGAAAAAGCUGCAGCUGAGAAGAAACGUUUCUCUGUGUAUGUGACUGAAUCGCAGCCUGACUCAGCUGGGCGACAGAUGGCCGAAGCCCUGAGAAAACUUAAUGUUCCAGUAACAGUGGUCCUGGAUGCAGCCGUCGGGUAUGUCCUGGAGAAGGUGGAUCUAGUUAUUGUUGGUGCAGAGGGAGUUGUUGAGAGCGGAGGAAUCAUCAACAAGAUCGGCACUUAUCAGACGGCGAUGUGCUCCAAAGCUCACAACAAGCCCUUCUACGUUGUGGCAGAGAGUUUCAAGUUUGUCCGGCUCUAUCCGCUCAACCAACAGGAUGUGCCAGAUAAAUUUAAGUACAAAGCAGAAACCCUGAAGACGGUGCAGAACCUGUCAGAGGAGCAUCCGAUCAUCGAUUACACGCCUCCCUCCCUCAUCACCCUCCUCUUCACCGACCUGGGCGUCCUCACCCCGUCCGCUGUCAGCGACGAACUCAUCAAACUUUAUUUAUGACCGUGACUCAAAAGUCUCAAAUAAAACCCUUUUAUCAAAGGGCAAACAAA